AUCGAUCUCAUCUUGUCUCCUGCUCUCAUCAUCAAAAAUGUCCGUUGACGCUGCGAAACUCGAGGCUCACCUGGCCACCCGCUCUUACAUCGAGGGCUACACCCCCUCGCAGGCGGACGUUCACGUCUUCAAGACGCUCGGCUCCGCGCCGGACGCGGCCAAGUUCCCCAACAGCGCGAGAUGGUACAACCACAUCCAGUCCUACUCCGCGGAGCACGCGUCCCUCCCCGGCUCCUCGAAGGCCGGCGAAGCCUUCGUUGCCUCUGAGGCGGCGGCAAAGGCCGCCGAGGCGGACGACGAUGAGAUCGACCUCUUCGGAAGCGACGAGGAGGAGGAUGCCGAGGCGGAGCGCAUCAAGGCAGAGCGCGUCGCUGCUUACGAGGCAAAGAAGGCCAACAAGCCCAAGACCGUGGCGAAGUCCGUCGUCACCCUUGAGGUGAAGCCGUGGGAUGAUGAGACGGACAUGAAGGCUCUUGAGGACGGUGUCCGCGCCAUCGAACAGGACGGUCUCGUCUGGGGUGCCAGCACGCUCGUGCCCAUCGGUUUCGGUAUCAAGAAGCUGCAGAUUACCCUGGUCAUUGAGGACGAGAAGGUCUCGACCGACGAGCUCCAGGAGAAGAUCCAGGAGGAUCUCGAGGAGUACGUGCAGAGCACUGACAUCGCCGCCAUGCAGAAACUCUAAACAAACCUGUAUUUUGCUGUACUACACCCGCCCAUGUCACCCUUUGUAUCGGUAUCAAUGUGUAGCCCUUGGAUUUGCUGGUGAUAUCAUCUUCGUGAACCCACCCCGGUCAAAAGAAUCUGUCACCGUACGUGUUCUCGUGCUUCACCUCGAUGAAUCUUUCCCCUUGUAGGCCUCAUGCGCGAUGUCGCCGCUAUUCAACUUCGAGUGUCCCGGCUGCUUUCGUCACUACCGGAAAUGAACGACGCGUGGCCAUACAGUACCUGCCGUCCCGUC